AUGGAGCUAACCGUUGUGGCAGCAUUCGCUCCCGACGUGCAGUCUCGGGUAACUCUGUUCAUGAAUAAGGUUUCGCAUGGAAACCUGGAGCGCUUUGCAGAGGCAGCUCGGAAACCUGCGGCUGAAGGCGACGUAGCUUUGAACCUGGCAAGUGGAGACUUAGAUCUCGUCAAGAACGUUGCCGACUGUCUUGUCGCUCACAGCCUCUGGUCGGGCCUCAAGCGCUCCUCCACGGCCGUCGCUUUGGCCGACAUCCUCCUGGCGCUAGACGGCCCGAGCCCGUCCAGUGCUUCGGAGGGGCCGCCGAGCUUGAGCUCCUUCGUGGUGGACGCGGUCCUCCGAGACAUGGGAACACAGUUCUCUCAGCGAUAUGAGGAUUGCGAGGAUAAAGCCAAGGAGGACCAGGCGGUCAGAGUCAGAGAGAGUGCCAACGCUGUUGCUCGAAGUGUCGGACAGCUUUUCAACAAAGGUCUUUGUCCAUUCGUGAAGUUCGACUUCAUUUUACAAGGCAUAUCCCAAGACAAUGCCCUGUUAAAGCUUGAUGCAGCAGCCUAUCCUGAAGCUGAGCCCCGCACCCCUGGCUUGCCACAGUGUCUGCUGCUGAGCGGACGCGUGACCGCUUCACAACCUCGCGUCAGCGAGACGGUAGCAGAAUUCAAGGACCGGCUGGCGAGGGACCUGGGCAUGGGGCCUUCGACUUUCUUCUUCCUGAUGGCUGGUGGGGAGCCUCAGCCACAUGAGGAGAUGAAGGACCUGGGGGAGGUAGAGCUUCAAGUGAUGGUGAGGCCACCGGUGCUCAAGGAGGAGUAUCGAGUUGAAGCCGUGUGCAUUCUCCUCACUGAGGCGGCGGCGACCCUGCAGGCUACAGAGCAUGGGAGGGCCCUUCUGUGUCGGGAGAUGCAGCGGCUCGGGAAGCUCAAGCGGGGGCUCUCCAAGCGCUACCAGUUCAUGAUCAGGGACCUAGAAGACCUGGUCGCCUCUCUGUGA